AUGCCUGGCUGCUGCACGCACGAAGCAGGGAACGACGACGAGGAUUGCAUUGCUGACCUGCUUCGUGCCGGCUGUCUCUUCACAGCGGGCGAAGAGUUGGCGAAGCUGGAGAAGCCGAGCAAGAAGUUGAAGGAGGAGCACGAGGAUCGCUUAAAAGACGGCAUCCACUCGGAGGUCGUGGAAGGCCGGUUGGAGUUGCGACCCACGAAUACGGGCAUGGGCUACGUCGCUGCUAAGGACAUCUCACUAGGUGACGCCCUGUUUUUCGACACCGCCUUUUCCUCUGCCCCUGUCAAUGGAGCGAAAGAGUACUUCUGCCUCAUUGCGGAGAAAGCCAUACGAAAGGGACACCGAGAUCGGCGAGUCAGUGCCCGUGCAGAUGCCCAAGCCGACUUCUACUAUGCCUCGGUGUUACAGCUGGGUACCAAGGACAGUCAUGACAGGGCCACGCUCGACGACGCCGAAGUGGAUGCUGACAUGAAAGAGCAGAUUCUAGUCU